GCGGGCGGGGCGCGGCUCCGAGCGCGAAACAUGGCGGGACGAGUCGCCGUUGGCGGCGGUGGCGGCAGCGAGGAUGAGGGCGACGACGCCGUGUUCAAGGCGGCCGUGGAGGUCUUCGGGAAGCUGAAGGACCUCAACUGCCCCUUCCUCGAGGGUCUUUAUAUCGCAGAACCAAAGACUAUUCAGGAACUGCUGUGUAGCCCGUCCAAGUACCGCUUGGAAAUCCUGGAGUGGAUCUGUAUCCGGGCCUGUCCGUCCUGGCAGGAUAAGGUCAGCUCGCUGAAGGGGGCCUCAGCCGAGGCGAAGGUCCAAGAGAUGGUGAAACUAGGCCACGAGCUGAUGUUGUGCGGGCCGGGUGACCAGGAGCUCCUGAAGGGCCGGGCCUGCGCCCAGAAGCAGCUGCACUUCAUGGACCGGCUGCUGGAUGUGGUCCGGAGCCUGACUGUCGGAUGCUCCAGCGGCUCCAGCACGAAGGAGCACUUGGAGGACAUCAGGGAGAAGAACGAGGCGCUGCUGGGGGAGCUCUUCCUGAGCCCCCACCUGCAGACGCUCCUGAGCCCGGACUGUGACCCGGGGCCCCUGGACGUGCAGCCUCUUCUGGACAAGCAGCGCGGUGACCGGCGGAGCACCAGUCCCUCCGUCGAGGUGGAGGAGGAGAAGGUGGCCGAGCUGGCCCGGCAGCUGCAGGAGAGCACCUCGAAGCUCCAGGCGCUCAGGACGGAGCACAAGCCAGGGGCCGCUGUGAGCGGGGCCGACACCAGCACCCUGGACCAGAAGCUGCGCCUGGUCAGCUCUGACUUCCACCAGCUCAUCGUGGCUUUCCUGCAAGUGUACGACGACGAGCUGAGUGAGGGCUGCCGGCGCCCAGGCCCCUACCUCCACCCGUGCGGCCCCGUCGUCCAGGCUGUGUACCAGGCUCUGACUUCGUGCAGCCAACUGUUGAAAGCGGCCGUGGAGGCCACCGACACCUCGGCGGAAGCCAUGGAGCUGGCUGCGCAGCAGCAGGGCGAGCCGCUCUGUUGGGGUAGCAACAACGCUGCCGUGAGUCUCGCCAGCAAAAUGGAAGAGCUAAGCCAGAAAUAUAAGACCUUCAGCGACGGUCUGCACAGGGGCCCGGAGUAGUCCGGGCACCGCCUCCGGAUGCCUGGCGCCUUCAGCUCCUCAGGAGGGAAGGGCAGAGGGAGGAGGGCAGUGUGAGCUGGAGAGAAAAGAGAGCUUCUGAGAAGUUGCCUGCUGCCUGCUUCUUGCUUCCACAGCUCUGCCUGCCUCCUACUCUCUGCUGCGGGGCCUGGCCGCUCCGGCCUCCUGUCCCAUCCCGCCUGGCCCACGUCCUCCCCCUGCUGCUGCCAGCUUCAGCUGGGCGAGGCCGAGCCUGGGGCAUCUCCGCCUUGCCAUGACACCUGCUUGAAUGCCACCAGGGCCUCUGCUGUCUCCUCCCCUGCUUCCUCCCCAAGCCACCUGGCACCAGCUUGGGGAGUUCCUGCGGUGGCCUGACUGGUUGUCCGGGAAGCUGCUGUCUGGGCUUCCCAGGUGACCCAGUAUCUCCCUGAGCCAUGUGCCUGUCACAGCCACUCCCUCCCUUCAAGUGCAGGAACAGGCACAACUGGGGAGGUUCCCCCCCCGCCCCCGCCCCGCUCCCUCAGCCCAGCGUCAGGCAAAAGGGGGCUGAGGGAGGGGCCACCUCUAAGCACUUGGCCCGCCGUGGAGCCCCGCCUGGGCCGCUCUGUCCUGCUCCCUGCAUCUCUGCACCUUGGCUUCCCCAAGUCCCCCUGUGGCUGCCCCAGGCCAGGAAGCUCCCGGGAGCUGGGUGCCCGGCCCCCCCCCAGGGCCUCCCCCAGAUGGCUGCUGUGGGAGGUGGGCGGACAGGCAGGCCUGUGGUCACCAUGGCCCUGGUUCAUCGACAGCUUUACAGACCAGAGGACUGGCGCACCUACAGUGGGCAGGCUGCCUCCGUGCGCCCCAGUCGGACAAUGCCCCCCCGCUUCCUGCACCCUGGAGGGCCUUUUCCUUUCCCUACGUUUUUUUUUUUUUUUUUUCUUUCUUGGCCGCCCUGUGGCCUAUGGAGUUCCCGGGCCAGCGAUUACAUCUGAGCCAUAGUGGCAGUUUCAACCUACUCUGCAGCUGCUGCGACCACCAGGUCCCUUAACCUGCUGUGCCA